AGGAGAGAGUGAGAGAGAGCUCGGGCAACCGGCGAGCGAGUGUGAGGAGCCGUGACAGAGGAAGGAGCGCGAGAGCGAGCGUGUGUGUGUCCGAGCCUCCCGCCCUCCCACACUGCUGCCGCCGCGAGGGAGGAGCUGCCAACCGUUCGCGGCGGUCACGAGGAGCCUCACUGUGAUUGAAGGACUGAAGGGAGCGAGCGGCGGCGGCGCGGCGGACGGCGGCCGGACGAUCUCCAUGGCGAGGCGCAGCUUCUCCAGCAGCAGCGGCGCAGCCUCCUCGACCCGCGGGCUCUAGUGCCCCGAAGCAGCCUCACUAGUUCCCACAGCCCCGGCCCUCGGGAGCCGCUUCCUUCCUCCGUUCCUCUCUCCCUUCCCCCCUUCUGUCCUUUGCUGCCCGCGCCCUCGGGCGGGUUGGCGGCGGCCGAGCCCCGGCGGGAGGAGGAGAAGGAGAAGGAGGGGUUACCCGCCUCUAUGAUGAAGUUUAAGCCGAACCAGACGAGGACGUACGACCGCGAGGGCUUCAAGAAGCGGGCGGCCUGCCUGUGCUUCCGCAGCGAGCAGGAGGACGAGGUGCUGUUAGUUAGUAGCAGUCGAUAUCCAGAUCAAUGGAUUGUCCCUGGUGGAGGAAUGGAGCCUGAGGAAGAGCCGGGUGGUGCUGCAGUAAGAGAGGUGUAUGAAGAGGCUGGUGUCAGAGGAAAAUUGGGCAGACUUCUGGGGAUAUUCGAGCAGAAUCAAGACCGCAAACAUCGCACUUAUGUUUAUGUUCUUACUGUCACCGAAAUAUUGGAAGACUGGGAAGAUUCUGUUAACAUAGGCAGGAAGAGAGAAUGGUUCAAGGUUGAAGAUGCCAUUAAAGUUCUUCAGUGUCACAAACCUGUACAUGCUGAGUAUUUGGAAAAACUGAAGUUGGGCUGUUCAUCAACCAAUGGAAAUUCUAUGGUUCCCACCCUUCCAGACAACAAUUCUUUGUAUGUAACUUCUGCACAGACUUCGGGGUUGCCAUCUACUGUAAGAUAAAUAUUUAGGUGACCAUGUACGGUCUCACAGGGAGAAAGGCUUCUGGGUUUGACAUCAACAUGUUUUCAGAUGCUUUGAAAUGUUUCCCUUUUUUGUUAACAGUGUAAAAUAUUUCAGUAAACCAAAGCCAUAUGGAUUUUUUUUAAGAUGCCUUAACUGUGUGCCCUCUCCCUUUCUCCAAAUACAUUUUUAUUUUUGUUUUUCA